AUCACGCUUCCCCUCGACCGGUACCUCCAUCUUGUUUGUUUCAUCAAUAGAUAGAGUGUGAGAUUUUAGGAACGAGUAAGAAUUGUUUUAAAGUGCUUUUAUUCGUGUUUGGUAUAUAUUAAACAACAAUAAGAAUUGAGAACAUGUCUCACGGUGGUAGGAAUGAGUGUAGAAUUUACGUGGGCAAUUUACCACCCGAUAUAAGAACCAAAGAUAUCCAAGACCUUUUUUAUAAGUUCGGUAAAGUUAUCUUUGUUGAUUUAAAAAAUCGCAGAGGUCCACCGUUCGCUUUCGUCGAAUUCGACGAUCCAAGAGAUGCUGAAGAUGCAGUCCAUGCAAGGGAUGGAUAUGAUUAUGAUGGUUACAGAUUAAGGGUUGAAUUUCCAAGGGGAGGGGGUCCUAGUAAUAAUUUCCGUGGUGGCCGUGGAGCUGGUGAUAGUGGGAGAGGUGGUAGAGGUGAAAUGAGUAAUUCUCGAGGUCGUGGGCCACCUGCAAGAAGAUCUCAGUACAGAGUUCUUGUUACUGGACUACCUCCAUCUGGUAGUUGGCAAGAUCUAAAGGAUCAUAUGCGUGAAGCUGGUGAUGUGUGCUUCGCUGAUGUUUAUAAAGAUGGCACUGGGGUUGUUGAAUUUUUACGAUACGAAGACAUGAAAUAUGCUGUGAAAAAAUUAGAUGAUUCCAGAUUUAGGUCCCACGAAGGUGAAGUAGCCUACAUUCGAGUGAAAGAAGAUCACAGCAGUGGCGAUAGGGGACGUAGUGAAGAUAGAGAGAGGGGACGAAGUCACUCACGAAGCUAUAGUCCUAGGCGUCGUGGUUCACCCACCUAUUCACCAUUACGGCGUAAUUACUCGCGAUCAAGAUCUCGUUCCAGAUCUCGUUCAUACGACUAGUGUGUACGUAUAUGUUUCACAUGGUAAUAUAAGUAAAGGCUUGUCGAUAUUUGCUUUACCAUGUUUCAUUAUUACUGAUUUGAAUUUCACUUUAAGACACCUUCCAAUCCAAAUCAAGUUUGUACACAUUCAAAAAUUAUUAUUCACAUUGCUUGGAUUUAAUAAUUGUAUUGUAUGUAAUGUAUAGUUAGA